AAUAAUAAUAAUAAUCUUCUGGCUGAUUUUGAAAGAACCGCCUCCCAACCUCUUCGCUCUGGUAGUCUCCUCUUUUGACUUUCUAAAGAGUUUAUUUCCUUUCCGGAUCCUUUUUGGUAUACACAUCCAUAAUCCUUUUAGCUUCUUUGCUAUUGGAAUUGCUGUGCGCCUCCUAGGGCACCGGAUUACUUGUGCGCGUUUCCUUAUCAAUCCGACGUCGGGAUCACACACUCGAACAAUUUCCGAGGAAUACUCUAAUCAGAUGCCGGAGGACGAUUUGAUUGACAUCAAGUUCAGGCUGUACGAUGGUUCUGAUGUUGGACCAUUUCGAUACUCCUCCGCCUCGACGGUUGAUGUGCUUAAGCAGAGAAUAGUGUCUGAUUGGCCCAAAGGCAAAACAGUCACUCCAAAGGCAGCCAGUGAAGUAAAACUGAUAAGUUCGGGCAAAAUUUUGGAAAAUAAUAAGACUGUUGGUCAGUGUAAAUUACCUUUUGGUGAGUCCACAGGAGGAGUUAUUAUAAUGCAUGUUGUUGUACAACCAUCCCUAGCAAAAGCCAAGACAGUUUGCCAACUUGUAUGGUCGUGGUCUUGGGAGUUGGAAUUGCCAUCUGAAUUCCGAGAAAAAGAUUGACGAUACAUCACCCCAGAAGGUUGUCUGCUCCUGUUCCAUACUUUGAAACACAAUCCCUGCGAUUCAGCCUCAUUCUCGUGUAUAAAUGGAAUUGGGUAAAGAAUUGUUUCUUUAGGCUCUUGCUCUGGAUGCUGUAGAUGCAACGGAAGACCUUCAUUUUUAUACAAUCCUUGCAUUCUUUCUACCAUUUCUCAAUUCGUCAGUUACCAUCACACCUAAGGGUGUGGGUUUGAAUGAUACAUAGAAGAAACCAAACCACAUUGUAAUAUAAAAGAUAUAUCUACAAAAUUGGUCAGUAAAUGUGUCCACUGGAAACUUCUUGCA